CCGCUCGGCUCCAGAGAGAGAGAGAGAGAGAGAGAGGGAGAGGGAGAGAGACGUACCGCAGAUGGAUCGCCGUUUCCUCUCCCUUCUCCUCCUCGUCGUUGUUGCACUCUCCUCCCCCGUGGCGUCCUCAUCGUCGGCCGACGAUGACCCGCUAAUCCUCCAGGUGGUCCCGGACGCCGAGGACGACGAGCUGAUGCUGAACACGGAAGCCCACUUCUCGAGCUUCCUCCGGCGAUUCGGGAAGUCGUAUGCGGACGAGAAGGAGCACGCGUACCGGUUCUCGGUGUUCAAGGCGAACCUGCGGCGGGCGAGGCGGCAUCAGAGGCUGGACCCCACCGCCGUGCACGGCAUCACCAAGUUCUCCGAUCUCACCCCUGCCGAGUUCCGGCGUAACUACCUCGGUCUCCGCGGUGGACGGCGCCUCCGGCGGGCGCUGGCGGCGUCCCACGAGGCGCCCAUCCUCCCCACCAACGACCUCCCCACCGACAUCGACUGGAGGGACCACGGCGCCGUCACCGCCGUCAAGGAUCAGGGUUCUUGUGGAUCGUGCUGGUCUUUCAGUGCUGCGGGGGCUCUGGAAGGUGCGAACUUUCUGGCCACUGGAAAGCUGGAAAGUCUUAGUGAGCAGCAGCUCGUCGAUUGCGACCAUGAGUGUGAUUCGUCCGAACCUGAUUCAUGUGACUCGGGAUGCAAUGGUGGGUUGAUGACAACUGCCUUCGAGUAUUUACUAAAAACUGGCGGGCUUGAGAGUGAGGAAGAUUAUCCUUAUACUGGGACAGACCGUGGUGGCUGCAAAUUCGACAAGUCCAAGAUUGCUGCUUCAGUUAGAAACUUCAGUGUUGUCUCCACGGAUGAAGAUCAAAUUGGUGCUAAUCUUGUGAAACAUGGCCCUCUUGCAGUGGGCAUCAAUGCGGUCUUUAUGCAGACAUAUAUUGGUGGUGUCUCAUGCCCUUACAUAUGUGGAAGGCAUUUGGAUCAUGGGGUGCUGCUGGUGGGUUAUGGAUCCGCUGGUUAUGCUCCUAUUCGUUUCAAGGAUAAGCCAUACUGGAUCAUAAAGAACUCUUGGGGUGAAAAUUGGGGAGAGGAUGGAUACUAUAAGAUCUGCAGGGGUCAUAACAUCUGUGGGGUUGAGUCCAUGGUCUCUACUGUUACAGCUAUUCGCGCCUGAUAAGAGGCUCUUCCAUAACAUUCCUUAGCCCCUGUGCUUAGUGUGAUACUUGUAUUGCUUGCCCAGCAGCAGAUACAUGUAUUCUGUUAUGUUGUGAGAUUGAACAUUCUCGCUUGUCAUAUGAUAUUUGGGAACUGGAUAUCAUCAUUGUAAGGUGUCUGACUUUGCCUAGGUCUAUAUGCUGAUAACUGUAUACUGCAUAUGGUUAUUGAAACGUUAUCAUCUGCCUUUGAUAUGUACAGUGCCUGUAAGCUACUUGUACGAGUGAUAAUUUAAUUUUUAUAGCUUUCAUUUUGCUCA